AUGGUGAAUGUUUUGAAAGGUGUUUUGAUUGAAUGGUAAGAAAUUUUAAAUUAUUUCAGCAAUCUUGUCAUGUACAGUCAAAAUUGCAGGUCCUAGGUUGGUGGGCAAGUUUUGGAUUUGGUCAGGGGUUAGCUUAAAUUGUCAAACACCACAUUAAAAUAGCCAAGUGCCUUCUGAUUCUUCUAUAAUUUUCUUCAUAUUUGAUUAUUUCAUUUGUCACAUCAAAUUCUGCAUUGGGCUAUUCCAAUUAAUAUCCGCACCGCCCUGGUUGAGGAAGGGGUUUUUCUGACCCUAUUCCCUGGAAUUUCCAUGCAGAAAUGACCAUCUCCCUUGGAAGUCCUGAAUAAUUUUCACUCCCUUGUCUAGAAAAUUCCUUACACAUAUGAAUCACCCUACCCUGGAAAUGAAACUUUUGUUGGUAGGUAUUCAACUGCCUGAAAAACAUAAGGAGAAUUUCUACGUUUUGAGCAAAGUAGCUCCAGACGAAGGGCUUGAAACGUCGAAAUUCUCCUUAUAUUUUUCAGGUAAUUGCAUCCCUACCAACGAAAGCUUGUAAAUAUUUGUAUUGGCCUUGAAAAUGACCUCCACCCAAUGUGGAAAUUCCAAAUUUGACCUUUGUCUCACAAAAAGUAUUUAAACAAUGCAUUAUCAUUAUUUAGUGAUGCAGUUUUAAAGCAAUUCCUGUUGCAUUUGGACGAAACUUUAGCAUUCGGCAGGAAAUUUGUACUGGAAGACUUAGACGAAACACAUUUGUUUAUCUCCAGCGAUAUUGUUAACACGUUGAAGGAAAAAGUGUGGGAGCUUAUGGACAACAACUCGUUUAAUGUCACCAAACUUGAUUAA